UCUCCUCCUGCCCCCCUCCCCCGCCCCUCGGCGCACACCUCUUGGUGCAGAUUGCAAAGCGCCUUCCGUUGGAGAGCUGCAGAUUUUGCAAGAGCCAGGCUCGCCCACCUUGCAGGAGCGCCUUGUGUCCCCUUCGCACCCCCAGCUGCAAAGAGCCAACUGCCCGCUUUGGUCACCCCUUCGCCCAGACUGCAUGGUCUCCGGGGACCCUCUUGAGUUGCACGUUUCUGCACGGAGGACCGCGAAUCCGCGUUGCCCCUAGGAUUUGCAGUGUUCUGGAUACUGGAAGGCUUGCAAGCUACACUCGCCAGCCCCUGGGCAGGCACCCGCUCGAAUCACGGGAGUGUGCUGCUGACUGGCAGGCCAGCUCUUCGCCUCUCCAUGAGCCUGUGAGCCUGGGGGCAGGUGCCCGGCGAUGGCGCGGCCCGCGAGCGACCGGACCCUGGCCCCCCUGCUGCUGGGCGGCCCGGCCGGGGCCCCCCCUGGCGGGGGUGCACUGCUUGGGCUGCGAAGCCUUCUGCAAGGGACCAGUAAGCCCAAAGAGCCGGCCAGCUGUCUCCUGAAGGAAAAGGAGCGCAAGGCGGCGCCGCCGGCGGCCACGGUCCCCGGGCCGGGCCUGGAGCCCGCGGGCCCGGCGGAUGCCCCGGCUGGGGCGGCGGUGGGCGGCGGAUCCCCGCGGGGGCGCCCGGGGGCCGGGCCUGGCCCGAGUCUCUUGGCGCCGCUGCUGUGGGAGCGGACGCUGCCGUUUGGCGACGUGGAGUACGUGGACCUGGACGCCUUCCUGCUGGAGCACGGGCUCCCGCCCAGUCCGCCGCCUCCAGGGGGCUCGUCCCCGGCACCCUCGCCCGCGUGCACCCCGGCGCCCUCCCCGGGACCUGGCUCCUGCGGCUCAGCCUCCCCCCGCUCCUCGCCCGGGCACGCCCCCGCCCGGGCUGCCCUCGGGGCCGCGGGCGGCCACCGCGCAGACCCGAGCUCCCGGGACACGCCUAGCCCUGUGGACCCAGACACCGUGGAGGUGCUGAUGACCUUUGAACCUGACCCUGCGGAUCUAGCCCUGUCCAGCAUUCCUGGCCAUGAAACCUUUGACCCUCGGCGACACCGCUUCUCAGAGGAGGAGCUGAAGCCCCAGCCCAUCAUGAAGAAGGCUCGGAAGAACCAGGUGCCAGAGGAGCAGAAGGAUGAGAAGUACUGGAGCCGGCGGUACAAGAACAACGAGGCGGCCAAGCGGUCCCGCGAUGCCCGGCGGCUCAAGGAGAACCAGAUCUCGGUGCGGGCGGCCUUCCUGGAGAAGGAGAACGCCCUCUUACGGCAGGAAGUGGUGGCCGUGCGCCAGGAGCUGUCCCACUACCGCGCCGUGUUGUCCCGCUACCAGGCCCAGCACGGGGCCCUGUGAGGCCGCCCCCCGCUCGGUGGGGCACACCUCCGCCUCUCAGACUUGCGCCUGACGCCCUCCUCCCCCCCUGCCCUGUGGCCCGGGGGCCGGUGAGCUGGGUGCCCCAGGGACGAAGGGACAAUGCAGACAAAUACAUUUAUAUUUUUAAGAAAAAGUGAGCCUCCCCCACUCCCUCGUGGGGGUGGGGAGGGUGCUGUGUGUGUGCCCCUGGGCCAGCCGGGGACCCCAGCCUCCCACCGCCUCCGUUAACACGAUCCUGAAUAAAUCUUGAGAACUCGGA